AUGUCCAAAGAUAUUUUGCAUGAUGAAGAUCACAUACAAUCCAGGUCUAUCGGCGUCAUCACCUGCAGCACGCGUCCUUCCCGCAUCGGCCAUUUAAUCGCUCAGCAUGUCAUCGUCGAACUUGGCUCUCACCUCUCAAAACUCGGCAGAAAUGAUCUUCAUCUGUCUUCCAUUGACAUGAUCUCGCAUCCGUUACCACUUCUCGAUGAGCCGGGCAUACCUUCUAAAUAUCCAGCAGCAAAUCCAACUCCACAUUACACCGAGGCACAUACGCGUGAUUGGUCACUCGAAAUUCUCAAACAUAGUGCCUUCAUCUUUGUCAUUCCUCAGUACAACUGGGGCUAUCCGGCUGUAAUCAAGAACGCUAUGGACUAUCUCUAUCAUGAGUGGGCUGGAAAGCCCGUGUUUGUCGUGAGUUAUGGAGGACAUGGUGGAGGCAAGGCCGCAGCACAGCUCGUUCAAGUAUGUCAGGGGCUUAGAAUGAAACCAUUAUCUCAAACUGUGGGAUAUCGGAUUGAUCCCGUGGAAUCCUCUCAACUUUUGGAAUCCGGUAAAUUUUCGUCAGAACGACUACAAAUUUGGAAAUCUGACAUUGUCGAAGAUGAAUUGCAAGCAAGAUUUUUGGAACUUGUUAAAUCGAUGAAAUAG